GGGGCUAGGGCCGGGGCUAGUCACGUGACGGUGCCAACAUGGCGGCGCCGUGGCGGCGGCGCGGCCGCUGAGGGAGGCGCGUCUGUUCCGGGCGGUGCCGCGGGCCCCGACUGCCCGCUCGCCGCUUGCGGCCGGCCCCCGCCCCUCCCCGGCCUCGUCAUGCAGCCCCCGGCUCGCGAGCAGGACGCCCGCACAAAGAGCAUGUUCGUGUCGCGGGCCCUGGAGAAGAUCCUGGCGGAGAAGGAGGCGAAGCGGCCCCCGCACGGGCAGCUGCGGACAGCCUGCCAGGUGGCGCUGGAUGAAAUAAAAAGUGAGCUGGAAAAGCAAAGAGAAGGCACUGCUGCUCCACCAAAAGCAAAUUUCAUUGAAGCAGAUAAAUAUUUCCUUCCAUUUGAGCUGGCCUGCCAGUCAAAGUCUCCACGCAUCGUCAGUACUUCCCUGGAUUGUUUACAGAAACUGAUUGCAUACGGGCACAUCACUGGCAAGGCUCCGGACAGCGGCGCUCCGGGGAAGCGGCUGAUCGACCGCAUCGUGGAAACCAUCUGCAGCUGCUUCCAGGGGCCUCAAACAGAUGAGGGAGUACAGCUGCAGAUAAUUAAGGCUCUUCUCACUGCAGUAACAUCUCCAUAUAUAGAAAUUCAUGAAGGAACAAUUCUUCAAACUGUUAGAACCUGCUACAACAUCUAUCUGGCCAGUAAAAAUCUUAUUAACCAGACAACUGCCAAAGCUACCCUGACACAGAUGUUAAAUGUCAUUUUUACACGGAUGGAAAAUCAAGCUCUGCAGGAGUCCAGAGAAGCAGAGCAAGCACAGAAGCCUCAGUCCCCACGGCCAGGACAGAGACAGCAGAGCUGGGGAGGCAGGGCUGGGAUUGCCAGCAGUGUGGUGGCCAACGGGGACCCUGGGCAGGGGGAAACAGCUGGGCAUGAGGAAACAAUUGAUGGAGGAAAGGAAAUGGUCCAAGGCAUUUUGGAAGAUGUGGUGGAGUCAGCUGUGAAAGUGGCUGAAGAAAAGCAGGUAACAGAACCUGUCAAGGCUCUGCCUGCAUUGGAGACUGCAGAUACUCUUUUAUCUGGCUCUAGCAAUGAAAAUGUACAAACAAAUGGGAUUCCAGAUGAUGGGCAGUCUGUUUCCUCCACCGAUAAUCUGGAAACAGAUGUAUCUGGACAUCAAGCUGCUGCCAGAUUUUCCCAUGUUCUACAAAAGGAUGCCUUCCUUGUGUUCAGGUCGUUGUGCAAGCUCUCGAUGAAACCUCUGGGGGAAGGACCACCAGAUCCCAAAUCCCAUGAAUUGCGUUCCAAGGUUGUGUCUCUCCAGCUGCUUCUCUCAGUGCUGCAGAAUGCUGGUCUGGUCUUCAGGACACAUGAAAUGUUCAUCAAUGCAAUCAAGCAAUAUCUUUGUGUAGCAUUAUCUAAAAAUGGAGUAUCUUCUGUUCCUGAUGUGUUUGAGCUCUCCCUUGCCAUCUUCCUCACAUUGCUUUCAAAUUUUAAGACCCAUUUAAAAAUGCAGAUUGAGGUGUUCUUCAAAGAGAUCUUCCUGAAUAUUCUAGAAACUUCUUCAAGUUCUUUUGAACACAAAUGGAUGGUGAUUCAGACUUUAACAAGAAUCUGUGCAGAUGCCCAGUGUGUAGUGGAUAUUUAUGUUAACUAUGAUUGUGAUUUAAAUGCUGCUAAUAUAUUUGAACGUCUUGUAAAUGAUUUGUCCAAAAUCGCCCAGGGACGAAGUGGGCACGAGCUGGGAAUGACACCUUUACAGGAGCUAAGCCUGAGGAAAAAAGGACUUGAAUGUUUGGUUUCUAUUUUAAAAUGUAUGGUAGAAUGGAGCAAAGACCUUUAUGUGAACCCAAAUCAUCAGACUAGCUUGGGAUCAUAUAAACCAUCUGAACAGGAAAUGGCUGAAGGGAAAUGCCUGGACACUGGAGGGAGACGGAGCAGUGUCAGUUCCUUGGACUCCACUGUGUCAUCAGGAGUUGGAAGUGUUGGCACCCAGACUGCUGUCCCAGAUGAUCCAGAGCAGUUUGAAGUCAUCAAGCAGCAAAAGGAAAUAAUUGAACAUGGGAUAGAACUGUUUAAUAAAAAACCAAAGAGAGGAAUACAGUACCUACAGGAGCAGGGAAUGCUUGGCACUUCAGCAGAGGACCUGGCACAGUUCUUGCACCAAGAGGAACGCCUCUGCUCUACACAAGUAGGGGAAUUUCUUGGGGAAAGCAGCAAGUUUAACAAGGAAGUCAUGUAUGCCUAUGUAGACCAGCUUGAUUUCUGUGGAAAAGACUUUGUCUCUGCUCUGCGGAUAUUUCUGGAAGGUUUUCGUCUGCCAGGGGAAGCCCAGAAGAUUGAUAGACUGAUGGAGAAGUUUGCUGCUAGAUACAUUGAAUGCAACCAACGGCAAACACUGUUUGCUAGUGCAGACACUGCCUAUGUUUUGGCAUACUCCAUUAUAAUGCUGACUACAGACUUGCACAGUCCACAGGUAAAAAAUAAAAUGACCAAGGAGCAGUACAUUAAAAUGAAUCGAGGAAUCAAUGACAGUAAAGACCUGCCAGAAGAGUAUUUAUCCACAAUCUAUGAAGAAAUAGAAGGAAAGAAGAUUGCAAUGAAAGAGACAAAAGAAUAUGCAAUUACAACCAAGUGUAGUAAACCAAGUGUAGCUAAUGAGAAGCAGCGGAGGCUGUUGUACAACUUGGAGAUGGAACAAAUGGCAAAGACAGCCAAAGCCCUCAUGGAGGCAGUGAGCCAUGCAAAAGCACCUUUCACCAGUGCCACCCACCUGGACCAUGUCAGACCCAUGUUCAAACUUGUCUGGACUCCGCUGCUGGCAGCUUACAGUGUUGGCCUGCAGAACUGUGAUGACACAGAAGUGGCGUCCCUGUGUUUGGAAGGAAUACGCUGUGCCAUUAGGAUAGCCUGUAUCUUUGGGAUGCAGCUCGAACGAGAUGCUUAUGUGCAGGCCCUUGCUCGCUUUUCCUUGCUGACUGCCAGUUCCAGCAUUACAGAAAUGAAACAGAAGAACAUCGAUACCAUUAAGACACUCAUUACAGUUGCUCACACAGAUGGCAACUAUCUUGGCAGUUCUUGGCAUGAGAUCUUGAAAUGUAUUAGCCAGCUGGAGCUGGCACAGCUGAUAGGAACUGGUGUGAAAACUCGGUAUCUGUCUGGUUCUGGGCGUGACAGGGAAGGCAGCAUUAAGGGCUAUGCCUCUGCAGGAGAGGACUUCAUGAGCCUGGGAUUGGGGAACCUGGUUGGGAGUGGGGCUGACAAACGGCACAUGGCGAGCAUCCAGGAGUCUGUGGGGGAGACCAGCUCCCAGAGCGUGGUGGUAGCAGUGGACAGGAUAUUCACGGGCUCCACGAGGCUGGACGGCAAUGCCAUAGUUGACUUUGUGCGCUGGCUGUGCGCCGUGUCCAUGGACGAGCUGGCGGCCCCGCACCACCCGCGCAUGUUCAGUCUGCAGAAGAUCGUGGAGAUCUCCUACUACAACAUGAGCCGCAUCCGCCUGCAGUGGUCCAGGAUCUGGCAGGUCAUCGGGGACCACUUCAACAAGGUUGGGUGUAACCCUAACGAAGAUGUCGCCAUCUUUGCUGUAGACUCAUUAAGGCAGCUGUCAAUGAAAUUUCUUGAGAAGGGAGAGUUAGCCAACUUCCGCUUCCAGAAAGACUUCCUAAGGCCUUUUGAGCAUAUUAUGAAGAAAAACAGAUCUCCAACCAUUCGAGACAUGGUGAUCCGCUGUAUUGCUCAGAUGGUGAACUCCCAAGCUGGUAACAUUCGUUCAGGCUGGAAAAACAUCUUUGCAGUCUUUCAUCAAGCAGCAUCAGACCACGAUGGGAACAUCGUAGAGCUGGCCUUUCAGACUGCAGCACACAUAGUUACAAAUAUUUUUCAGCAGCAUUUUCCAGCAGCAAUAGACUCCUUUCAGGAUGCAGUGAAAUGCCUCUCUGAGUUUGCCUGCAAUGUUGCCUUCCCAGACACCAGCAUGGAAGCCAUCAGGCUUAUUCGCUACUGUGCAAAAUAUGUCUCAGAAAGACCACAGGUAUUAAGAGAAUACACAAGUGAUGACAUGAAUGUGGCUCCUGGGGACAGGGUGUGGGUCAGAGGAUGGUUUCCUAUUUUGUUUGAGCUUUCUUGUAUCAUCAAUCGUUGCAAGUUAGAUGUCCGUACAAGAGGCUUAACAGUGAUGUUUGAAAUCAUGAAGAGUUACGGGCAUACCUUUGAAAAGCACUGGUGGCAAGACCUGUUUAGAAUUGUGUUUCGGAUUUUUGAUAACAUGAAACUCCCUGAGCAACAAACAGAGAAGUCAGAGUGGAUGACCACAACGUGUAACCACGCCCUUUAUGCCAUCUGUGACGUGUUCACACAGUUCUAUGAAGCUCUGCACGAGUUCCUGCUUCCUGACAUCCUUGCACAGUUGCACUGGUGUGUAAAACAAGAUAAUGAACAGUUGGCACGAUCAGGUACAAACUGCCUAGAAAACCUGGUAAUACUCAAUGGACAGAAAUUCAGCCCUGAAGUCUGGGGCCAGACAUGCAAUUGUAUGCUAGAAAUCUUCAAAACAACUAUUCCUCAUGUCUUGCUGACAUGGAAGCCUGUAGGAAUGGAGGAAGAUUCAUCUGAAAAACAUUUGGAUUUGGACCUAGAUCACCAGUCUUUAAGCAGCAUGGAUAAAAAUGCUUCUGAAAGAGGACAAAGCCAAUACUCAAAUCCAACAGACGAGAGCUGGAAAAGUGGUCCUUACACAAAUCAAAAACUAUUUGCUGGCCUCCUGAUCAAGUGUGUGGUACAGCUGGAGUUGAUACAGACCAUUGAUAACAUAGUGUUCUAUCCAGCAACAAGCAAGAAGGAAGAUGCUGAGCACAUGGCUGCAGCUCAGCGAGACACGUUGGAUGCAGAUAUCCACAUUGACACAGAAGACCAAGGAAUGUAUAAAUAUAUGUCUUCACAUCACCUUUUUAAAUUACUGGAUUGUCUGCAAGAGUCUCAUUCAUUUUCAAAAGCCUUUAAUUCAAAUUAUGAGCAGCGAACUGUGUUAUGGAGGGCAGGGUUCAAGGGUAAAUCAAAGCCCAAUCUCCUGAAACAAGAGACCAGCAGCCUGGCGUGCUGCCUGAGGAUCCUGUUCCGCAUGUACGUGGACGAGAAGCGGCGGGAGGCGUGGGACGCCGUGCAGCGCCGGCUGCUCAGCGUGUGCAGUGAAGCCCUGGCGUAUUUUAUUACUGUCAACUCGGAAAGCCACAGAGAAGCCUGGACCAAUCUCCUGCUGUUGCUUUUAACAAAAACCCUAAAAAUCAGUGAUGACAAGUUCAGGGCACACGCCUCCACCUACUACCCGUACCUGUGCGAGCUGCUGCAGUUCGAGCUGAUCCCCGAGCUGCGCGUCGUGCUGCGCAAGUUCUUCCUGCGCAUCGGGCGGCUCUUCAACGUCUGCCCCGCGGAGCAGCGCCCCCCGCUGGGCUGGGCUGAGCUGAGCCUGCCUUAACCAGCCCCAGCAUCUGCCCCGCGGAGCAGCGCCCCCCGCUGGGCUGAGCCUGCCUCUGCCAGCCCGAGCAUCUGCCCCGCGGAGCAGCGCCCCCCGCUGGGCUGAGCCCGCCUCUGCCAGCUCCCGCCAGCUGCCACACAGCUGCCCCACAGCUGCCCCAUGGCUGUGCCCAGAGAUGGAGGGCAAAGUGGAACCCUAGGGCAGCACCACCACGGGACAAAUUAUUCUUACAGUGGCUUUUGGGAACGAGGAAAAUAAUCCUGUUCUGUCCAUCCUACAGAAGUGUCAGCAGUUUUAUUUAAAUUAUUGCUUACAGAGUCAAUACAGUAGGUAUGCAGUCUCUUUGUUUCAAUGCUAAUCAUUUGUAUGAUCCAGUAUGUCUCUUAUAGUCUUUUAUCCACUGCUCAGUCUUUCAUCCCAGCUAGAGCUGGUGAAUCAGCUGGAGCUCCGCAGAAGUUAUGCCCCUUGGAUCUAAUGACUGUAUUUGUGUAGCCUUGUGAUGUUGGCAUGUGUUCAUAAUAAACUCGACCGUGGUGGCCAAUGACCACCUGAGAUCCCACUGGGUUUUCCUUUGUGCCCAGGAGCAGCCCAGGCAGGGCACUGGGCUGUUGAGCUGGACAGCCUGUAGGAUAUUUGGACUAUUUAGCUAAUGACGUACAUUUUUUUAAAAUAUCAGUACUGCAUCUUCUGAGACUUAUUUUUAGUUUUAUGGAAGAUUUUACAUCAGGAGCACCAACAGAAUCUACUCCUUUAGCUUAUUAGGCUUGAGUCAAAGGCAUUUAAGAAAAAGAAAAGGUUUUUUUCUUUCAUACAUUGGCAGAUCAUAAAGAGAGCAUACACAGGAAUAUCAAAAACAAGGCUCAGAACAAAUUAACCCACCCUUUUGACCCUUGAAUAUAAUGUAUUUAUGAGUAAUGCUGACUGCUUAGCAAAAAGUCCAGUCCUUAACACAAGUUUGUCUCCUUUUACUGCAGAUCUGCAAGUUCUGAUUUGUCAUUUUGUACAAAUGAUUUUUGUUCUCAACUCUUAAUUCCUAGUGGCACCUAAAAAGACCUGAAUUUCCAAAAAACUGCUCUAGCAAAAUUAAACAACUUCAUUAAUGUGCUCUAAGUUACCAACACAAUUCUGUGCUACCUAUGAAGCAAAAUGUGACAUGACAGCACCGCUUUGCUUGCCCAAUUCUUUCUUUCCUUGAAAUGCAUCAGGUUUCUGUGACAAUGUUUCCAUGACAGAAUGCUGUCUUGACCUUUGAAAUAAUUCUAAAUUUCAAGUUUCAAGACUUCUCUAAACCAGGAAAAUAUGGCAGGAUGGGAAGAGAGGCUCCACUUCCUAAAAUAAUGCAAAGUGUUAUAUUAGCUACUGUGCUAUCCAGAGUAGCAAACUGAAAAUAUUAACAGUAUUUAAAGAAAAAAACCAAACCAACAAACAGCAACAACAACCUUGAAUGGAACUAAGUGUAUAACAUGAUUUUGUUUUUUGAAUUGAGUUUCCUGGUAGCAUGGCCUCAGGUGAGGUUGUAUUGGGAUAUGCUGCUCUGGGCUGCUGGGAAUGUGCUGUCUUUAUUCGUUUGGUUUGUUUUUGUGAUCUUUUUCCAAAGGGUUUUUAUGGUGCUUCUCAAUGCAUCAGUCCUGUGUAAGCAUUGUUUGGGGAAGGUUUUACAUACAGUCCAUAGUAGUGACAAAGCUUUCACAAUUUAUUUUUACUUUUUAUUUUUAACCAAAGAAAAGUGGUAGUUGUGGCUCUUUGACUUUUAAAUGCCCAUUAGGUUAAAUCUCUACACUGCUAUUUAGUAGAAGGGAGUGAAUGGCUGUAUAUGACAAUAGGAGAAGACUGAAAAAUAAGCAAUGCUGGUAUUUAACUUGCUGCAUUUGAGAUAUCCUUUUGUGUUGCACCUCAUGUAGCUGCUCGUUCCCUUGGGAAUGUCAGUGCAUUGGGUACUGCAGAUAAUGAAGUAUUUAUUUUAAUUCUAUUUAAAUCUGUAAUAAUAUGCUAUUCUUUUUCUUCUGGUCAUAGGUAGUCCUAAGGAAAAUAUAUGAACCAUUAUUUUUCAGAUUUGGAAUGUGUCACUGCCUUAUGGAAUGUGUUCCCUCAUGUCCCAUCAGACACACCUGGCCCAGCUGCAUGUUCCCCUGUGAGUCACAUGUUUAAAAGCCCCACAGUUAUGUCUUGAAACAAGUCUAAAUUUUGAAGUCUUAAAUGACUUCACAGUAGCUUCAUGGGCUUUCUUUACUGUAAGGGGCAGCAUUUGUACUUCACAUAGGAUAAGGAUGUUUAAUUCAUGCUUCCUUCAGCCCUUGGUCUGAGACUGUUCUUUUCCGUAAGAAAAGCUUUUGUUGUAUUUAAACCAGUUACAAGCUGCUGAAUUUGUGUGUGUGACAACCAGGCAGCGCAGGGUGUGCAGUGCAUGAAGGAGAAGGGCCCGGGCUGCAGCUGCGUUAUCAGGGGCCAGCGCUGCGCUGCUGCUGCAGGCACUGUCCCCGUUACAGCAAUAAUCAGGGUGUGCUGAGGGCACUCAGUGCGCUGCUUGCUUCUGCUCGGGCAGGAGGGGCCGAGCCCAGCAGUUCAGCAGCUGCCGGUGCGGCCCAGCGCUCCUGCAGCGGCCCCGGCCGGUUCCGUGUCCCGCCUGCCCGGGGCUGCUCGGGCCGGAGCGGUACCGGAGCAGGGAAGCGCCCGGGGCCGGCUGAGCAGCGCGGGGAGCUGCAGCUCCUCGGCUGGGAGCGGCACCGACGCGAGGAAAGGAGGGAAUGCAGGAAAACUCCAAACCCUCCCUUUGGUGGCGAUUAAAAACUCCCUUCAUGCUGCUUCUGUUGUCCAGGACAAGGUUGUUUUUACAGCAGUCUGUUGUCCAUGUCUGGUACCUCACCUUCUAAACUGUAAACGCAACAAUCCAAACCAAUGUCCUCUACUACAACCAGCACCCCCCAGAUUUUAGCUCAGUCUUAUUAUUCAGGAAAAAGAUUAAAAAUAGUAACUCUGUCAAAAGUGCAUCUCCCUUUAAUCCGUAACUUCAGUUCGUUCAGCACCUUUCUUUAAAAUGUAUGUUUUCAUAUAUUUAAAACGCCUGAGUUUUAAUAUCUCUGUAUUAAGUGCAUUUACUAUCGAUAAUUUAAAGACCAUUCCUUGCCAAUCGAUGUAUAAAGUUCUGAGAGAAUACCAAAAUUAUAUAAUAUGAUAAACUAUGUAAAGUUUUCUACAUGAAGAUACGAUGUAUAAUAGUUAUAAUAUUCCAUGCUUUAAUCAAGUGAUAAAUCAAUAAAGUUUUACGAAGUGUU